AUGGCUCCAUCCACGGUCUCGGACUUCACGCCUGUCAAGGUGCGUGGUAAACGACACUGCACUCCAGCUGAGAAAUGGUACACCGGGAAGAGGCGAAAGCCUGCACUACAAAAGCGAUCUCACCUGAGCACCGCAACCUCCUCCGUUCCACUUUCGACCGAACCGCGGAAACGCCGUCGAGUGGAAGGUGAAGAUGACUCGCCGCUCGAGAUGCUUCCCGCCGAGGUCAUUCACCAUAUCUUCGAGUACUCCGCCAAUGUGAAUCUGCCGCUGGUCUCGCGACAUCUUGCCGCAAAAUUAUCGAAGAGCACACACUUGGAGCUCCAGCUGACGGAGACUAUACUAUCACCUGUACUUCGUCGCCUGAGCAAUGAUGAUCCUGGUGCGGCGCAACUCGCCGCUGCAACACGACUGCUGAACAGUCGCUUUAUGACUUUCAACUUCUUCAAGUCAUGGCUACAGGUCCACAAUCCAGCAGGACACCUCCACAAGCCUAAUAUCGAGCAUGCUGACACAGAUUGGCGUGCAAUGUGGACGGCGCUCCAGCCCUCAUCAACUUUGCUUCCCCCGAGGAAGCUCUUAUCGCCACCCUUCACAGAAGCCAAGUCCAACUUUCUGUCGGUACUCGCCCAGGAGUGGCCUGUCAUCGCCACCGUUGACCCUGUAUACGGCGAUUUCGCAUUGCAAGGACUUCAGUGUGCUGUUGCUGAAUGCCGACGCGACGUUGUUGCCGUGAUGCUGCGCAUGGGUGUUCCCGUGAGUACCGAGCUGCUACGAGUUGCUGUCAUAGAUGGAGGCUGUGAUAGCCAUGUUGUGCUCAUGCUUCUCGAACGCAUACCGCAGGCAGGUGCAUCUUGGCGCACUCAUGAAGAGAUCAAUCUGCUUGACCCGUCGUUAUGGGCAUGGGCCGAGAAGGCUUGUAAGGACGGGAACGAUAAGGGGCGUUGGCUGAUUGAUCUGCUGCGCGCAAGACAACAGCGCAAGACUGCUGCCGAGCCUUCAGUGGAAGUAUUGUCGUGA